AUGCACAUAUGGGACGUAAAGCCCGAAUGGAUAAUGCCCAUGCGUCAAAUGGCAUUUUGUACUCAACUCCUCUUCGUCCUAUGCACUACUACCACAAAACUCUCAAUUCUUUCUUUCUACCUUCGGCUCUCUGCCUCGCCAACCUUUCGAUUUCUAGUCUACUCCGGCAUGAUAUUCGCUUUAGCAACAGGAAUCUCCUUCGUCUUUGUCAUAAUCUUCCAAUGUAGCCCUAUAAACGCCUACUGGGACCUGACUCUCCCCAAAGCUAAGUGCGUCAACGAAUCUGCCGCAAAUAUUGCAAAUGCUGUUAUCAACAGUUUAUGCGAUUUGUAUGUCUUUUCGUUACCGAUAAAGGAUAUGCUAGGGUUGAGGCUACCUUUACGACAGAGGAUCAGUCUUGUUAUACUAUUCUCAUUGGGUGGAGUGGUCUGUAUUGCUGGAUGGUUGAGGGUAUGGCAGUUGACGUCUGUUCUGAAAAGAACGUAUGACAAUACUUGGUAUGGUCCUACUAUGUAUAUUUUGACGGCAGUGGAGUGUGAUGUGGCGAUUUUGUGUGGAUGUUUACCUGCAUUAAAGCCAUUGAUGGCAAAGGUUAUACCGGGUUUGAGGAAGUUUAGUUUGAGGAGACUGAGUGGAGCUGGACUGACGGCGGGGAGUGGGAGUGAGAAAGGGAGGUAUAAAGGUAAAGGAAGUGAGAUUGGCGAUACGAGUGGUGAAGGCAGCGGAAAUGGGGUGGGGAGAAGGAGAGGCGCAGUUAGUGGAAUGAGUUCGGGCCAAUGUCCAUAUUCAGACCCUAGCAAACUCCUGGAUCCAACGAAUUUGAUACCAGAGCUGGAGAAGGCUAAACUGGCAAGUGAUAUUGGCAGCUGUAAGAGCGAGCUGAGUAUUCCUCUAUAUGAGAAUAUUCUGAAAAGCACAAGCAGGCUACCACUACAAGAUACGGGUGAAGAGGAUGACAUGGAAGGCACCGGAAGCCCAACGGAUACGAGGCCAGGAGGAGAUUUAGAAAGCGGAUACCCGCCGGUAGCUAAGAGUAUGGAUUGGGCGAACUAUAAGUCGUAG